AAUCCAAGUUAGUCGAUACCCGAGUGCCGAACAAAACUGAUGUGUCUCAUGUGAACCUAUUGCAGUUUCGACUCGUCCGGUUGUACUUAACCGACUGCCAAUUUCCUUCCUGUCUGUCUAGCACCAAUCGAACAGUGGCAUUAGUGUCCUUAAUUUGGCAUCUAAGUGAUUGUUGCUUUUAGCAUUGGUGAUAAAAGUGAAACAUUUGGAAGCAGGAAUCGCCAAACGGGUGUCUUGUGCGUACAUCCUGAUAUCAUCGAGCGAGUAUUCUAGUGCAGUGAUAAGAUGAGAAAUCUACGAGUUCCAGUUGCUUUUGCAAUUCUACUUUUAAUUGGUUAUGUCACAGCUCUCGAAUGGGAUGCCGUUAUCACCACUGACAGUGGCAUUUUGUUUUUUGAUAAAAAAUGGACCCAAAUUUCUUCUGGAGGACACCAGUUUCAUCACAUUUCAGCCUUCGCAUACGAUGAGGUGAAACGAAAAAUAUACUUCAGCGAUCUAAAAGAUCCGAAUUUUAGAAUAUUUUCGAUGGAUACAAAUCCCGAGGAGGAGUACCACAAGAUAGCAAAGCUACUACCAAAAUCGGACCAAACUGGCUAUAUAACGGGGCUGGCGUUCGAUCACCUCGAACGGAAGCUAUACUGGACCGAGAAAGGGACACAUUCAGUUUACUCAGUCGAAGUUGAUAAGCUGGGAUCUAGUACAAACGCAACCGACGGCCUUAUCAACUUGGUAGCACAGGUCGAAGAAAAUCACGACCUGGCAGCCUUGACAAUCGACGAAUGCCGUAGGCACCUUUACUGGACUAACAGCUACCUUCAAUCAUCUAAUAUCGUUCGCGCAGCGAUGAACGGCACAGUGCUUGAUUCUCAUAAGGAGGCCGUCUACGAGCCGAGGGGCAUUUCGGUCGACCAUUACAGUAAUCGCAUCUACUGGGUAGAGAAAAAGUACGGUCGAGCAUUUUCUGUCGAGAGCGCUAAUCUAGAAGUACAAGACAAACAAACAUUUCUCAGGGGUGACGAUAAAACUCCAACGCACGUGUCACUUAACAGUCAAUAUGUCUACUGGAUAGACCAAGAAGAUGGUGAAGUUCAUGAAACUUUGAAAUCCGACUCGAAAGUGACACGAGUCGUUUACAAAGGUAAUCGUCCAUCAGCAGUCAUAAUCCGUUCAAGCCUUCUGAUGGAAUAUCAGAAAAAUAAUCCAAGCUGUAAAACUGUUAUUUCCAAGAUCAUAGACAACGUGAGAAUUGAAUCCAGUGGAGAACUGUCGCAGGAAGACAAAGCUGUAGAAUCUAAACCCGAAAUGAUCAUCUGCUUAAACAAAGGCAUCCUCAACCACAACACCAAUAGCUGUAUCUGUUUACCCGAAUAUCAGGGUACAUUCUGUGAAAUUCCUAUUUGCAACAAUUUCUGCGUUCACGGUGAAUGUGUGGUGGGUGUUGAUAGCCGACCUAUGUGCAAGUGCCAUGCCGAAUUCGAUGGAGAGCGAUGUGAUCGCAACAAAUGUGAUGGCUACUGUUUAAAUAAUGGACGAUGUACGCUUGGCGCUUCCGGUGACAGGUCUUGUACUUGUUCAAAGAACUUUAGCGGUGCUCGAUGCGAGACCGCAAUCUGUACGUCAGACUAUUGCUAUAAUGGAGAGUGUUUUGUGGAGAAUGAGGUACCAAAGUGCAAAUGCAACGUUGGCUACCGAGGAGACCGGUGUGCGGAAUACACAUGCAACAAUUACUGCCUCAAUGACGGUAAAUGCGUUCUCAAUAAUGACACGAUGCUGGUGGAGUGCCGGUGCAGCUCAGAAUAUACCGGGAAGCGAUGCGAGAUUCCGAAGCGAUUCUGUUCGCUCGACAACGGCAAUCCAGAGUUACAGCAGUAUUGUGAGGGAGUCCUCGUUGCAAAGCACCUCGUAGAACCACAGGUUACGUACUGUAAGAAUUCCUUCAAUCGCACUGUCGUAUACGUGUCACUGGCCUUCACCGCAUCGUUGGCCAUUCUAGUGGCAAUUCUGUGCACAGUUCGCCGUAUUUACGAGCGGAACCGACCACGCAUUACCAAACGAUUCAAAGUGACGAACAACACGCAGAUGACUUCUCGACCUGCAACGCAGUGUGAGAUUACGAUAGAAAACUGUUGCAACAUGAACGUUUGUGAAACGCCAUGUUUUGACACUAAAAUGCUGCAGAAAUCGUCAUCAAAGACGGAAGAUAAACAAUUCCUCCUGGACGAUAUCGAGAGCAUAGCGGGUUCGUAUCGUAAGCUUCCGAGUUGCGUUGCCGACAAAAACUAGCCUUUUUCAUCGCGUGAGACUGAAACUGCCACCACCACGUGGUCAACACUCCUCUCUAGAGCGGCAGCUGUAAAAGUGCGAUUAAAAGAAUGUGUAAAUAAUUCGUAGGUACAAUGGUGACGAACCAUUGACAAAACUGAAAUCUCUCCAAUAGCAAUAUGUCCUAGCUAGUUGUGAACUAAAUUAUGUGAUUAGUUUUAUGAUAAAUUAGAUAGUAUCGCUGCUUGAGAGCGCACCUAGCUGAAAUAUUAGUCCGUUUGGUUAUCGUUUUCGUCUAGAGGUGUUUUGUACGCGUUUUUGAAAUUGUAUAUUUUAAUGAGUUUUGUGUCUAUUUGUAGUCAAAUUAAGCAGCUAUGUAUAUUUUAAAGUGUUUUCAAAAAGUUUUCGAAAUUCGUAAAGGUAUACACAUUUUGUUGCAACCAGAACACUUUUUUAGACACGAUAGAGUGUCAAACCGAGAAUCAGAUGCUAGCAGGUACCGUGAUGUAACGAAAACAGACCGUACACAAAUGCAGCCAUACCACAUAAAAUCAAAUUUUGCCCAGACGUUACCGAUUUCAAGUUUAAAUUAACCGAAAGAUGUUUUGCCUCAGCAGCCAUCAACACCAAAUCAUCAGCAAUGUAAGUGUAACAAUUAUAAAUCUACACGAAAAGUUUCACUUGCUGUUAGUAGAGAGCUUAAGUGCAUAGCAGGUGUUAGUUUCAGUUUAUCUGAUAGUUCCUUUAGUUUGUUAGUGUUUUGUUAAUUUGUCUAGUUGCCAAUCAGAUGCCGCAUUAGCUGUGCUCGAUACGAUAAAUAUCAAAUUGAUAUUACUUCAGCCAAUCAAGAUCCAGAUUGUGAUUAAACAUUAAUUCAGCAGUCCAAUAAAAACCUGAUU